UGACAAACUAACCGAUUGUCUGGAUUAGUAAUUAGUAAUGAAUGUGCUUGGUAAAAUCUGUCCUGUGGAUGAGUUUGAUGACGGGGGGUGAAAGCUUCUUUUUUCCCCUUUUUCCUUUUUUCCACUUUUAUUCCGACGGGUGCAUCAUGAGCACCGGCUAUCAUGGACGUUCGGGAAUCGGAGUUGAAACGGACUUGUCAUAUUUUUUUCGUCAGGUUUGAAACAUGCCAGGAAAAACGACAAAGAGCUCGACGGCUGCCAAGCCCCGAGGGAAAGGGUCGCAGCCCCGGGAUGAGUCGGAUGAUGAGAUGAACGUAGCGCCUAAACAAACCAACACAGAAGAGCAGGAAUCGCCAGUGACUAAUGCUGCAGAUGCCGCUGGCGAGGAGGUGGAUAACCGGAGCCUGGAGGAGAUUCUCGGGAGCAUCCCUCCACCCCCACCCCCCGCCAUGACCAACGAACCGGGCGCACCUCGCCUCAUGAUCACGCACAUCGUCAAUCGCAACUUUAAAUCAUACGCAGGGGAGCAGAUCCUGGGCCCUUUCCAUAAGCGCUUUUCUUGCAUCAUCGGCCCAAAUGGCAGCGGGAAGUCCAACGUGAUCGACUCGAUGCUUUUCGUAUUUGGAUACAGAGCCCAAAAAAUAAGAUCCAAGAAGCUCUCAGUGCUCAUUCAUCGCUCGGACGGGCACCAGGACAUCCAGAGCUGCACAGUCGAAGUACACUUCCAGAAGAUUGUUGACAAGGAAGGAGAUGACUACGAUGUCCUCCCUGACAGCAAGUUCUAUGUUUCAAGAACUGCUGGUAAAGAUAAUUCCUCAGCCUAUCACAUCAAUAGCAAAAAGGCGACCUUUAAAGAUGUUGGAACUUUGCUUCGUAGUCAUGGCAUUGACCUUGAUCACAACCGAUUCCUCAUUCUACAGGGGGAAGUGGAACAGAUCGCUAUGAUGAAGCCUAAAGGCCAGACAGAACAUGACGAAGGCAUGCUAGAGUACCUGGAGGACAUUAUUGGCUCCUGCCGCCUCAAAAAUCCCAUCAACACUCUAUGCAGACGAGUAGAGCUACUCAAUGAGCAGAGGGGUGAAAAGCUGAAUCGUGUAAAGAUGGUGGAGAAGGAAAAGAACGGUCUGGAGGGUGAGAAGAACAAAGCAGUGGAAUUUCUCACCUUGGAAAAUGCCAUGUUCAAGAAGAGGAGUCAGCUUUGCCAGUUCUAUGUGCAUGAUUUGCAGCAGCGUAUCAUUGAAAAGGAAGCAGAAAAACAACUAAUCCAGGAGGACACCAAGGGACUGACUGAAAAAAGCAAGCAGCUCACAGAGGAAAUGAAGGAGAAGAACGAGGCCCUGAAGAAUGUAGAGAAGAAAAUGGGCAAGUUGACCAAGUUCAUUGAAGGCCAGAAGGACAAGUUUACCCAACUGGAUCUCCAGGAUGUGGAGGUGCGUGAGAAGCUUAAGCACACCAAGAGCAAGACCAAGAAACUCCACAAGCAGAUACAGAAGGAUAAGGAGAAGUUGGAGGAAGUGCAGAACGUUCCAGCCAGCAGCGAGAAGAUUAUCACAGAGGCUUCUGCUCAGAAGGAGGUACUGGAGAAGGUGAAGGUAAAGGAGGAGGAAGCUCUGGCCCAGGUGAUGGAGCGACUGAAGGAGGAGACCAGCGGCCUUCAGCUGGAGAAAGAGGAAAAUGAGAAAAAGCUUCUCGAGCUGAGUAAAGCCGUAAACGAGACUCGUUCACAAAUGGACGUUGCUCAGUCAGAGCUGGACAUCUACCUAAGUCAGCAUAACACGGCCGUCUCACAGCUUAACCAGGCUAAGGAGGCCCUACAGGGGUCUGCCGACACACUCCGGGAGAGGCGAGCUGCCAUUAAGGAGCUACAGGUCAAAGUGCCCAAUUGUGAGCAGCAGCUCAAGAAGGAUGAAGAGGAGCUGAAGCAGAUCUCCGAGCAGGAUGGACAGGCCCGCACAAUGGUGCAUGACAUGAGGCAGAAGGUUGAGGAGGCCAAGAGCUCCCUGUCCACCACCCGCAGCCGAGGCAAAGUGCUGGACGCCCUCAUGCAGCAGAAACGCAGCGGCAAGAUCCCUGGCAUACUAGGACGUCUGGGUGACCUUGGAGCUAUUGAUGAGAAGUAUGAUAUCGCCAUCUCGUCAAGCUGUGGUGCGCUUGACAACAUUGUAGUGGACACCAUUGACACAGCUCAGAAAUGUGUCACCUUUCUCAAGACUCAGAAUAUUGGCAUUGCCACCUUUAUCGGUCUAGACAAGAUGAAGGUCUGGGAGAAAAACAUGGGUGCCAUCUCCACGCCAGACAACAUUCCACGUUUGUUUGAUAUGGUGAAGGUGAAGGAUGAUGUCGUUCGUCCUGCCUUUUACUUUGCUCUUAGAGACACACUGGUGGCCAAAGACCUUGAGCAGGCUACUAAAGUCGCCUUCCAGAAAGACAAACGCUGGAGAGUCGUCACUCUGCAAGGCCAGAUCAUCGAACAGGCUGGCACUAUGACGGGAGGAGGAGGCCGUGUAAUGAAGGGCAGAAUGGGCUCUUCUAUUGGCACUGAAGUCACACAGGAACAGUUGGACAAAAUGGAAAGAGCUCUGAAUGAGAAGGUGGUGCAGCUGCAGGGCUGGCAGCAAAAGAAGCAGCAGCUUGAGGAGAGUGUGCACAAACUAAGAACCGAGCUCAGAGACAUGAAGAACACGUUGGAGAAAUACACAGCCAGCAUUCAGAGUCUUGAGGAGCAAGAGAUUCACCUGAAGUCUCAGAUAAAGCAGUUGGAAGCAAAUGUUAUCGCUGCUGCCCCAGACAAAGCUAAGCAAAAACAGAUGGAGAAGAACCUGGAGACCUUCAAGAAAAACUUUGAGGCUGCCUCCAACAAGGCAGGAAAGGUCGAAGCUGAGGUGAAGAGAAUCCACACGCUGAUUGUGGACAUCAAUAGCCACAAGCUGAAGGCCCAGCAGGACAAACUGGAUAAGGUCAACAAAGAGCUGGAUGAAUGUUCCUCUUCCAUCACCAAAGCCCAAGUGGCAAUUAAGACUGCAGGGCGUAAUUUGAAGAAGGCAGAGGAGACUGUAGCACGACUGGAGGCUGAGAUAGCAGAGAAUGAGAAGUUAAUGGAAGAGCUGACGGAGCAGCUAAAAAAGCUAGAGGAGCAAGCAGGAGAGAUCAUGAAGUCCUGCCAGGAGGCUGAGGAGGCGCUGCCUGAGGUGCAGGAGCAGCAUCGUGGAGUCUUGCAGGAGAUCAAAGCGAUUCAGGAACAGGAGCAUGCUCUGCAGAAAGAGCUGCUGAACGUCCGGCUGAAGGUGGAGCAGAUCGACACGAACAUCACCGAGUGUCAGAAUAAGAUCAAACACUGGGAAAAAGAGUCCACAAAACUCGCUCUGCACUCUAUUGAUGACAAACCAGCAGAGGAAUUGCCAAAGCUAACACCAGUGGAGCUGGAGGCCAUAAAGAACCCAGAUGUCAUCAAAAACGAGAUUGCUCUUCAGGAGGAGCGUUGUGCACAGAUGAAGCCCAACCUGGGAGCUAUAGCCGAAUUCAAGAAGAAGGAGGAGCUGUAUCUGCAGAGAGUGGGAGAGUUGGACGCGAUCACCACUGAAAGAGACAACUUCAAGAUGAGCUACGAGGAGCUGAGAAAACAGAGGCUGAACGAAUUCAUGGCUGGUUUUAAUAUCAUCACCAACAAGCUGAAGGAGAACUACCAGAUGCUGACACUAGGGGGAGAUGCAGAGCUGGAGCUGGUGGACAGUCUGGAUCCUUUCUCUGAAGGCAUUAUGUUCAGUGUGCGGCCUCCUAAGAAGAGCUGGAAGAAAAUCUAUAACUUGUCUGGUGGAGAGAAGACUCUGAGUUCGUUGGCUCUGGUCUUUGCACUGCACCACUUCAAACCCACUCCUUUAUACUUCAUGGAUGAGAUAGACGCCGCGCUGGACUUCAAGAAUGUGUCCAUUGUGGCCUGUUAUAUAUACGAACAAACCAAGAACGCUCAAUUCAUCAUCAUCUCUCUGAGGAACAACAUGUUUGAGAUGGCUGACCGACUGAUUGGCAUCUACAAGACCCACAACACCACUAAGAAUGUGGGCAUCAACCCCAAAACCAUCGUCCUGAAAAAUGUUGAAGUUGCUUCAGGAUAGAGUCACAAGUAUAACAUGGACUUCUGAACUAUUCUGUCUUUUAUCAGUGUUUCUUCUGAACCUGUUUUCACAUCACAUAGUUUGCUUUUUCUCCUGUCUGUCACUUUUUUCUUAUUAAGCGCUGCUGUUAAUACUUUAUAUAAAAUGUACAUUAAAAGGGUUUUUUUGCCCAGUACAUGUGUCCGAAUGGGGGGGAGGGGGUCUUUUUUUAAUUAUUCAGACUGACUGCACAUUUUUUCACAUUUUAUUUAUUGUUUUUUUUCCAAAAGCUAUUAAGUUCCUAAUAAAGUGGUCAGUAAGUGCAUUUCAGCCAGAAGGAGAGAAAA